GAACGUAGAGAAAGUGAGCGAGUUUAGAAUCGGUCAACUUGUCGUGAGGAAAGUCGAGAUGAGCUUGUUUGUCAGGUCUCGUGCGAUGACGUAUGUGUGUGCGAUGGUUUUUCUGUUGCAACCGAUUACCGGCAACCUUCGCAGAAAGAACUCGCAGGUGACAAGCGAACAACGUGACACAUUCCGGGUACAGCUUAGGCAAGGUGGCAUCGGAUUCAAAGACCCGUCGGUGGGGAGUCGAAACGUGGACCUGCCCCUGGCCACGGUCAUGCAGUCCCUGGAAAGAGAACCAUCGAUACAGGGUGUAAUGGAGGAGAAAAGCACGUGCACGCCAGAAUAUCAGGAAAUACCGGGACACACCAUGUGCCUUGGCAGUCAUCCGGGCAUUGAGGCACGAGGCGUUGACAAGGCAACAGCUGACGUCAUAGAAAAACUACAUAACGACUUCAGAGCGUCCGUGAAACCACCAGCUGCAGACAUGGUUUCCAUGAAAUGGGAUAAGAAGCUGGCGGCUGUGGCUCAGAAAUGGGCAGACCAGUGUAAGAUGUCUCAUGACAAGAGCGCACACAGAGUUAUUCCAGAGUACGGUUUGAAGAUCGGCCAGAACGUAGCCGGUGGUUACCGAACUUGGAGCCAGUGUCUAAAGGCCUGGUAUAACGAAGUGCGCAUGUUCCGGUAUGGUGAGGAUCCCAAGAUAUAUCUGGGGUAUACUGGCUGGAAAAAAAUUGGGCACUACACACAGAUAAUACAGAAUUCGACGUCACGGGUUGGCUGCGGCUAUGCUGAAUGCAGGAAUACACAGUAUGGAUACUAUUUCGUGUGCAACUACGCAACAGCUCAGACUAACUUGGCCGAGCCAUACACCGAAGGUCCGAGGUGCGGCGCCUGUCUGGACACGUGUAAAGACGGACUCUGUGAUUGCGGUGGUGCUCUUUGCCUAAACGGUGGAACUCUCGACCCAGAAACCUGCACGUGCAUCUGUCCACCGAUAUACAAGGGCCCAGUCUGUGCAGAAUUGAACUGUCCGAACGCUGAGCCGUUUUACUGUGGACGAGACAUCCUCAAGCCGGACUGCACCAAGUACGCCAACGUGCCCUCUCUCUGCCCGUUCAUGUGCGGCAUCUGCAAAAAGCAAAACAGUGUGCAGCCGUCUAGUUGGAACAGCGUCAUGGGACAGCUGCAGCCGUUUCGAUCAGACUUUGGGUGCGAGUAUAGCGGGGAACGGUCAACGUUAGAGGAGUGCAAGGCGUUCGGUGACCAUGGCAACGACCUGUCGUUCUGCGCCAGUCUGGGAGGAGAGAUGGACUGUGGGGACUGCGAGCAGUUUUACAACGUCAAGAAAGAUUACUGUCCGGUUAUGUGUGGACUCUGUGACGCUCCGUGUAACGGUAAGCGGUGCCUGAAUGGCGGCCAUCUUGACACGAACUCGUGUGCGUGCACGUGCACCAAACCAUACGUAGGAGACAACUGUGAGACAGCUGAGUGCCCUCCCGCCGACCCCUACAACUGUGCACUGUACUCCCUGAAUCACUGCAGAGACUACGUCAACGUGCCAGGAUUGUGUCCCUAUCUCUGUGGAAUCUGCUGAAACGCGCCAAAAAACCACCGGCUGACGUCACGGGUCACGUGCACGCGCGUCAUCAAGAAGCAGACGGACUAAGGCGUCGGUUCUAGGACAAUUCUGCAGGAGUAGGACAACUCACGUGCUGAGAUAGGACAUAAUAUCCAAGAGGAGAGAACUUAAAAUUUAGAAAUGCACAGGACUCAUUUUUCGUUUGUUUUUUGUUUAGCAUAUUAAAUCAUUUGAACAAGAAAAUUUUUACGCUAUUUUUAAAAGGUCGCAGGUGUGGGGCACACUUCGUAUUCUCUAGAGAUGGGUAAUUGGGAGUGCAGAUAAGGUGUUAAUAUACAGAAUACACUUUAAAAAAAAAAAAAAAAAAAAAAAAAAAAAAAAAAUACAAUGGUAAGUUAUUCAAUGGAAACUUUAAGGAAUAGGGAGGGUAGUGCUAAAACGACUCACUUUGUACGCUCCUAAAAUGCGGACAAUUUUAAAAGAACCUUUGACAUUCUCCUAAACAUUUGCGUAGUCAGCAUUUUAUAUUGAGGGGCACGCACUUUGUUGGGGGUAGAGGCAGGGGCAACCACACUGUCUAGGAGUUGUGAUAUUGGGCAACAGUAUUAUUAAAAAGGUAUUGGGGUGGGAGGCGUGAUUGAAGGGGCCGGAUUUAGACCUUGGGGGGGGGGGGGCGGGGCAGGGACCCAGGGCACUUCAGGUCGAACUAAUUUUAUAAUUAUAAUUUUUUUUUAAUAAAGGCAGUACUUAGUCUGGGGGGCCCCUCUGGCAGGGGAGCCAGGGGCAAUUGCUCUCUUUGCCCUCUUAUAAACCCGGCACUGGUCCCCGUCCCCCGUCCCCCGUCCCCCAUAUGGCUACGCUGAUGGUCCUAAAGUAUCUUAAUAAACAUUGACCUAUAUUAAGCAGCCACGUGACUUAAGAGAUCCGAUUUUAGAUAUAAUUCCUUCAGUGGCUGCUUGACAAACGCUGCACUGUGUGACCGUAAAAUACGACUUCAUCUUAAUUAUAAACCAUGCAAUUAUUGUUUUAAGUGUGUUUAAAUGUGUCUUUUAUUGUCUGAGACCCGAGAAUAACAGACUUUUGAAUGACAACGGUAGUUGUAACAUUUUAUUACGUCACUUGAUGAAUAGCGUAUUUAUACUGUAUUGCGUUAUCAGAAGAAAAAAAAUUCCAAGUACAUUGGUAUACAAUAAAGCAUUACCAAAUGACAGAUAUUUCCAUAAGCGUACGGGCUCCCAAUUUUGUAAGGGAAGGGGGAGGGGAGACGCUGGUUUUCGCCCGAAUUAAACGGAUAUGCACGAAUCUGGAUAACAACAAUAAUUCAUCGUGGCAUUACUGCCAAACAGUUAUAUAUGGGUGCAAACCAAUCACUACGCAUUUUUACACGGAUAACAACUAAUUUUGCGGUAGAAUGAUGAAAAU